AUGAACUCGCAGAAAACGAUAGAUGAAGAGGAACUGCGUAUCCCCCGGGAUGAUCCAAGUGAGUGGAUCAGUUCAGGGUCUGUAGAAAGGUCGACAGUGCUUUUUAUCUGGAGUUCGGCGCCCGCGGAAACGCUGGCGGCUAGUCGCAGUGUUUAUCGUGCGCUUCAGGCGCAGAGGCAACUGCAGCCGGAGCUACGACUGCUCUGUUUCGAUUUGCAUGAACAAAGAUCAAAGCUCUCUAAGGUUCUUGAGACAUACAAGGUUGGUGCGGUGCCAACUGUGCUCGCGUUCCCGGCGCACGCGCAUCAACCCAGCGACCGUGUCGAGGGUGUCUACCCGGCACGCGUUGGCGCGCUGGUAGAACAGCUGGUUCACAACUCGGCUGCGGCGGAUACGAAGACGGUGCGGCAGCGGGUUGAGAAGAUGAUUAGCGAGCACCCGAUACUGCUUUUUAUGAAAGGAACGCCUGAGCGGCCUCGGUGUGGGUUUAGUCAACAGAUCGUGCAGCUUCUUGUGGGGGAUCUCAAACUGCCACGUGCCAGUCUUGCCACAUUUGACGUACUAACUGACGAGCAGGUCCGUCAAGAGGUGAAAGCAUACAGUCAGUGGCCGACAUUUCCCCAACUUUACGUACGAGGUGAGCUCAUUGGCGGCCUUGAUGUCUGCCGCGAAAUGGCACAAUCUGGCGAACUCGCGGCAUUACUGGCAUCCGCGACGCGCGAUGAACACGGAACAACUGGUCCUUGA